AAGAAUUAUUAGCCCCCCACGUUUGGUUUUUCAUAGUGUUUUAAAUUUGAUGGCUUUUCCCUGCCAAGGAAUUACACAACAAACGCAAACAAAAAACUGAUCUAACACAGAGAGGCAGGGGACGAAAUCCGCUGACGCCCCGCCAUGUGCUUGUCUCCUGGCUUUAAAACUCAGACCGAUGUGCUUGUGGAGGAAUCCAGUUCAAUCAGAUGAAGCCGAUUCGAUCAGCCGAUCCAACCAGUAGGUUAAAUUUGUGAUCGAGCUGUGACAGGUGAUCAUACUUACAGUGCAUAACAAUGAGCACAUUGGGUUUGGAUGAAUCUGGUUUAGCAGUUUCAGGAGCUCCACAGGUCCUAGCCCUUCUUUCUUUGGUUCUAGAACAGACCACCCAAAAGAACGAGAAGCUGCUCGCAGCAUCGGAAAAGAGAGACAUUGUUACCGUAUUUCACGGUUCAAGUGCACCUGCCUUGAGCAUUCGUCAAUACAUGGAUCGCAUCUUCAAGUACUCGAGCUGCAGCCCUUCCUGCUUCGUAGCUGCAUACAUAUACCUGGAUGAAUUUCUUCGUCGAACGGGUGUUUGCCUCACCUCCCUCAAUGUUCACCGGUUCCUAAUUACAAGUGUAAUGGUGGCUGCAAAAUUCAUGGAUGAUGAGUGUUACAACAAUGCCUACUAUGCCAAGGUGGGAGGAGUGAGCACGGAAGAGAUGAAUAGGUUGGAAAUGGAAUUCCUGUUUGGCUUGGAUUUCAAGCUUUUUGUUGGCCUCGACACUUUUGAUGUGUACUGUUCCUGGCUAGAGGAGGAAGCCACCACAAAUCCAAGGAUACAGAGACCUACUCACUUCUGUGGAUUGAAAGAAACAUGCCCCAAGAAGGAUGAAUCCAAAUGUCCACCCACAGUUACUGGGUACGGCACGCAUUAGAAAAAUAUCGAGACCAUGAUCGUUACAGGACGUCCCAAAGAUUACGGUGCAAGACUCCGAAUCCAAACUUCAGAGAAGGAUAAAAAGAGAUUUUGAAUGAAGAUAUGCUACCUACAAUGUGUUAAUAAGCACUGGUAGAUGACAAGCAUUCCAAAAAUGUUCCUAAUUUUCUUUCUGACAAUAAUUUGCGUGCUUGCCCUUUCUUCUUCUUUCAACUCUUUUUCUAUAACUAAAUUCGAAUGUCAGCAUUUUAACGGUUUAAAUAUUAUUUUCGUUAUUAAAACAAUUUAUUAAAGGGACUUCAAUUUCAAGCAUCUAUAAUAAA